AUGACUAUACCUUCCAGCUCACCCGAGACCUCCUCGCUCAAGGAACCUGUCACGGACAAGGACAGCAAACCGCAGUCGUGUAUCGAGGAAGAGAUCGCAGCUGAGAUGGAUUGUCGGAGUCUCAAAUACCGCUAUGGCUGGCCAAUCCUCCCCCCACUCCCUGUGAGGACUAUCGAGAAAGAUGUGGCCCAAUCGAUUCCAAACUCGUCUGAACAUGUCACAAGUGCACAGCGCAUUCUGGAUGCCGAGGGAAUAAAGACUGAAGUCAGCUUCGUCUAUCGAAUGCCACGCUCUGCUCACAAAGCCGAGAUGCAGGACUACCUGACACUUCUGGUCGCUACCGAUACCGAGGCACACGCCGCCGAUCGCUUCCACGACGUGGUUAUCAAGCUGCGACUUCACGUCAUGAACAUACCGGAAACAGCGGAUACCAAGAUCGAAAUAAUCGACUACCGCGCAAAAAUUGAUCUUGUGUGCGGUUCCACCAGCGGUCCACUCGCCGAGAGGAUUGACGAGAUAUGGCCGACCCCUCUAGUGAAACUCAUCUCCACUGCCACGGCUGAUGAUCUCAACUGGUGGAAGACGGUCAUUCCUGCACUACGAGAGAUUGUCGUAUCUCUCGAACUUGAGUUCGACAUAGACUUUGAGGUUCUAGCCUGCGUGAGUAUCUAUGGCAACCCAAUAGAUGACGAGUUCUAG